AGCGGCGGCUGCUGCCUCAGCUGGGGAGAGGAAACGGCAUUCGGAGCCGCGCUCCCGCCCAGGCCGGUCCUGACGCGGGCCUCGUCAGCCGGUAACGGGGAGCAGAGGUUGGGGUGGGGGGGCAGAAAACCCGAGAAGCGACCGCGGAAAAACGGUGAAGGUCAACCCGAGACGCCUCCUCUCAGCAGGGCAGGAGCUGGAAGGAGGCGGCGGCGGCAGCGGCAGGAGCAGCAGCAGCAGCGGCGGCGGCAGCAGCUGGGCGGAGGUGACGGCGGCCACGGCAGUGUCGGAGACGAUGGCGCGACUGGUGGCAGUGUGCAGGGACGGGGAGGAGGAGUUCCCCUUCGAGCGCAGGCAGAUCCCCCUGUACAUCGACGACACGCUCACGAUGGUGAUGGAAUUUCCUGACAAUGUGUUAAAUCUUGAUGGACAUCAAAACAAUGGCGCACAGCUAAAGCAGUUCAUUCAGAGGCACAGUAUGCUUAAACAACAAGACCUAAGUAUUGCCAUGGUAGUAACAUCUCGUGAAGUCUUGAGUGCACUUUCUCAGCUCGUCCCAUGUGUUGGUUGUCGUCGAAGUGUGGAACGCCUCUUUUCCCAACUUGUAGAGUCUGGAAAUCCUGCUCUUGAACCCCUGACAGUAGGGCCGAAGGGAGUCCUAUCUGUAACUCGAAGCUGCAUGACUGAUGCAAAGAAACUUUAUACACUAUUUUAUGUACAUGGGUCCAAACUAAAUGAUAUGAUAGAUGCUAUUCCAAAAAGUAAAAAGAACAAGAGAUGUCAGUUGCACUCUUUAGAUACACACAAACCAAAACCUUUGGGAGGUUGUUGGAUGGAUGUGUGGGAACUCAUGUCCCAAGAAUGCAGGGAUGAAGUAGUUUUAAUUGACUCUAGCUGUCUUUUAGAAACACUAGAAACAUAUCUGCGAAAACACAGGUUCUGCACUGAUUGCAAAAAUAAAGUCCUUCGAGCAUACAAUAUCCUUAUUGGUGAACUUGACUGCAGCAAAGAGAAGGGUUACUGUGCUGCGCUUUAUGAAGGCUUACGCUGCUGUCCACAUGAACGACACAUACAUGUUUGUUGUGAAACAGACUUCAUUGCACCUUUGGGUCGUGCUGAGCCAGAGUUCGCAGGAGGGUAUGAAGAAAGACAUGCUAAGACAAUAGAUAUAGCUCAAGAAAAGUUCUGACCUGUAUUGGGUAUUCAUCUUUACGAGUGACUGCAUCGAAUCUGGCAAAAGCUACGAGCAGAAGAACAGACAUGGCAGAUGCUCUUCUAUCGUGUUGAUGCUUUACGCAAGAGUUUUGAGAUGACUGUGGAGAAAGUGCAGGGUAUUAGCCGAUUGGAACAACUUUGUGAAGAAUUUUCAGAGGAGGAACGAGUAAGAGAACUCAAGCAAGAAAAGAAACGUCAAAAACGAAAGAAUAGACGAAAAAAUAAAUGUGCAUGUGAUAUUCCUACUUCCCUACAAACAGAAGAUGAAAAGGAAGUAAACCAAAAGAAGGAAACAGACUUCAUAGAAAACAGCUGCAAAGCAUGUGGCAACAAUGAAGAUGGCAAUAGUUGUGUAGAAGUCAUUGUUACCAAUGAAAAUACAUCAUGUACCUGUCCUAGCAGUGGCAAUCUUUUGGGGUCCCCUAAAAUGAAAAAAGGUCUAUCUCCACACUGUAAUGGUAGUGAUUGUGGAUAUUCGUCUAGCAUGGAAGGGAGUGAAACGGGUUCUCGGGAGGGUUCGGAUGUUGCCUGCACUGAAGGCAUUUGUAAUCACGAUGAACAUGGCGAUGACUCCUGUGUUCAUCAUUGUGAAGAUAAAGAGGAUGAUGGUGACAGUUGUGUUGAAUGUUGGGCAAAUUCUGAAGAGAACAACACCAAAGGAAAAAAUAAAAAGAAGAAAAAGAAAAGCAAGAUGUUGAAAUGUGAUGAACAUAUCCAAAAGCUUGGAAGCUGUAUUACCGAUGCAGGUAAUCGAGAGACCUCAGGAAAUACCGUGCACACAGUGUUUCACCGAGACAAGACCAAAGAUGUACAUGCUGAAAGCUGUUGUGGUUCUGAAAAGGGUGGGCAGCCAUUGCCUUGGUUUGAGCAUAGGAAAAAUGUGCCACAGUCUGUAGAAUCCACAGAGACAUCGUUUGGUCCUGAUUCUGGAAAAGGUGCCAAGAGCUUAGUUGAACUCCUUGAUGAAUCAGAAUGUACUUCAGAUGAGGAAAUCUUUAUCUCACAAGAUGAAAUACAGUCAUUUAUGGCUAAUAACCAGUCUUUCUACAGCAAUAGAGAACAAUACCGACAACAUCUGAAGGAGAAAUUUAAUAAGUACUGCCGCUUAAAUGAUCACAAGAGGCCCAUUUGUAGCGGCUGGUUGACAACAGCUGGAGCAAAUUAAAUAAAUAAAAUAGCUCUGUCUUUCAAUGAAACACUCAAGAUGACUACUGCGCCUUCUCUUUAAAAAAAACUUAAGUUAGUGAUUUAUGGCAAAUUUUAUCUUAAAUCAUUGUGAUUCUUUCUUGUUUUGGGAGACGGUGGAGGUAACCUCAUUAGUUCUUUCUUCGGGCUUGUGUCUUUAGUUGUGUGGCUGCGCAGGCCUGCCAUAUGAUUUAAGCCAUCUCUUUUCAUUAAAUGUUCCUCUUUCUGUGAGACUUACUACAGCAACUUAGUGGCAAAAAGUAAUGUUGUACUUAUACUUCUGUACAGAAAUGACAAUGAGCUGAAUAUAUGGUUUUACAAGUAGACAUCCACUUGCAAAAUGUUUGGAUGUAAUGUUAAAGCGCAAUGUGCAAAAUUUAAAAUAAAGAAUAUUUAUUAAUAUGCAUAGUAA